AUGCCUGACGUCCACAGCGGCUACGGCUUUGCAAUAGGCAACGUGGCAGCCUUUGACAUGGAUGACCCCCAGGCGAUCGUGUCGCCGGGGGGCGUAGGGUUCGACAUCAACUGCGGGGUGAGGCUCAUCAGGACAAACCUGACAGAGGAGGAUGUCGAGCCCGUCAAGGAGGCCCUCACACAAUCUCUCUUCGACCACAUCCCUGUGGGAGUGGGCGGGCAGGGCAUCAUCCCCACCACCAUGGCCGACCUGGAGGCCGCCCUGGAAAUGGGCGUGGACUGGAGCCUCAGGCGCGCGGAUGUUUCGCUGCGCGCCAAGAAGCGGGGCCUGCCGCAGAUGGGGACACUGGGGGCCGGCAACCACUAUGCAGGGCUGGGCCGCCUGAUGGACCAGCCGCGGGGCUGGGCCGCUUCGGCUGUGAGGUCCGCUCGAACACAGAUCGAGGUCGUGGAGGAGAUUUUUGAUGAGUGGGUGGCCCGCAAGAUGGGCAUCGAUCAGAAGGGACAGGUGUGCGUCAUGAUCCACAGCGGCAGCAGGGGGCUAGGCCACCAGGUGGCCACUGACGCGCUUAUUGAGAUGGAAAGGGCGAUGGCACGGGACAGGAUUGCGGUCAACGACAGGCAGCUGGCCUGCGCGCGGAUCGGCAGUCGCGAGGGCGCGGCCUACCUGGCCGCCAUGGCGGCUGCGGCCAACUACGCCUGGGUCAACCGCAGCAGCAUGACCUUCCUGGCGCGGCAGGCGUUUGCCAAGACGUUCGGCUCGACCCCGGAUGAUCUGGACAUGGCCCUGAUCUAUGACGUCAGCCACAACAUCGCCAAGGCGCGCGAGCAGGAACGGGCUAGGGCGACGCCGUUCCGCCGCGUGGAGGAGCACACCGUGGAUGGGAGGCCCCGCCGCCUGCUGGUGCACCGCAAGGGCUCCACCCGCGCCUUCCCGCCGCACCACCCCCUGAUACCCCUGGACUACCAGGCCACGGGCCAGCCAGUGCUGAUCGGCGGCACCAUGGGCACCUGCUCCUACGUCCUCACCGGCACUGACCAGGGCUUCAAGGAGACCUUCGGCUCCACCUGCCACGGCGCAGGCCGCGCCCGCAGCCGCCACAGCGCGCGCAGCGCCCUGGACUACCGCGAGGUGCUGGACGCACUGAAAGCCAAAGGGGUCGCCAUACGCGUGGCUUCCCCCAGCCUGGUGAUGGAGGAGGCCCCCGAGAGCUACAAGGACGUCAGCGCCGUGGUGGAGACCUGCCACGCUGUCGGCAUCAGCAAGAAGGCCGUCAAGCUGCGGCCCAUCGGCGUGGUCAAGGGCUGA